GCUCGGUGGAGAACCCUGAGCUCAGUCUGCUCUGCCGGCGCAGCUGGCAGCGGGGCUGUCUCCGGAAGGUGGACGGCAGACGCCCAGUGCCCGCACUCGACCUGCGCCCUGCCUGCCGCGCCUGUCUGUGCCCGUGACAUCCUUACUCAGGACGCAGUGACCGUUUUUAAAUCACAAGGGCGUGGGUCAACCUCCCCUAGGACUUCAUGUCUGUAUAUUUCCCCAUUCACUGCCCUGACUAUCUGAGAUCGGCCGAGAUGACUGAGGUGAUGAUGAGCACCCCAUCCAUGGAGGAGAUUGGCCUCAACCCCCGAAAGGAUGGCCUUUCCUAUCAGAUCUUCCCGGACCCGGCCGACUUUGACCGCUGCUGCAAACUGAAGGACCGCCUGCCUUCCAUAGUGGUGGAGCCCACGGAGGGGGAGGUGGAGAGCGGGGAGCUGCGGUGGCCCCCCGAGGAGUUCUUGGUCCAGGAGGAUGAGCAGGACAACUGUGAAGAGACAGCGAAAGAGAACAAGGAGCAGUAGAGGCCCCACCGACUCCCACCGGGUCACACCAACAGCAUCUGUACCUGAACUGUGUUCUUUCCCAUCGCGAUGGAAGAAGAGAGUGAGCCACAGCCUCUGAAAGGCCGGGCGAUGGCUUCUGUUUUGCACCUGCGAAUCACUGAUCGGUCUUCUUUCCUUUCCUUUUCUGUUUUUGAACUGCGGAGCGGUGGAGCCCUCUGCGACACUUGCAAGGCCUUCUGAGAAAGGAAGCUGCUCCGAGCGGGGCUGGGGUGUGGGGAAGCUUUGGUCUUUGAGAUCAUUAUCGGAACUCAAGCAGCUAGAGGCGGUGGUGGGAUUCCAGCGGGCUCCGGGGGUGGGGGAUGGGGACGUGCACAGCCAGCAAGGAACAUUGGGGCUAAGAAAACAAACGCGGGACGGAGGAGAAAACAGACGUUUUAGAGAAAACAUUGCGCAGAGCAGCAGCGGGAAGCCCUCCUCGGUCUGCUGCAGGCGGAGGGCAGCGCAUCUCUGCACUUCGCCCACCGCCAGCCUUUGCUUUUACUCCGGUGUGUUGUCUGCUGCAGGGGAGGAGGUGCCCGGGAGCAGUGUAACCCGCUGCCUGCAAAGCCCCUGGAGGUGCAGCUCGGAGAGGAAAAGGUGUCCUGUUCCUUCUCCCUCUGUCCUGGCUGUGGCAGGUUCACAGACCUGCAGUCAUCUGGAGUGUUUGUUUGUUGUUUUAAGAGGCAUCGCUUUUCGGCUUCUCUCCCCUGACUUAUCCUUUUUGCCCCCCAGCUCUUUGGGAGCAGUGACAGUACUUCCUGCCCUGUUGGAUGACCCACGUGGACACUUGGACACAAAGGUCCUCCCAGCUGCUCCCUCCACACUGGGUCUCAGUCUGAGCAGAGGCACAGGGCCGGUGGGCUCUGCCAGGCUGGCCCUUCCUUCUCCUCACACAGCCCUCCCCAGCCCUGCAGUGGGUUCCAGCCAGCCUGGUCAGCGGCAGUCCCCACGCCCAUGUGGACGCUUGGCCUGUUUUUCUGGUGGGAGCUGAGUGGAGAGCAGAGGAGGCUUUUUCUGUUUCUUGUUAGGGAGGUCAGCUUUAGUGCGGGCCCGGAGCUGGCGCAGCCUGGGGAUUAUUGGAUGGGGGUGAGGAGGCUCUCACACAGCCGCCUGGGGAUUGAGUUUGAAACUAAAAGGUGUCAUGAGACCCCUGGCUUCUCCCCAAAGGUUCCUGGGUACAGGUGGGAGGACAGCAUGGUGAGGGAGCACUGGACGGUGCUCCUCAUCACUCCCCACCUCCCACCUGUCCCUUGCAAGGGCACAAUUACAUGAGAAAGGAAGCCUUGGACUUAGAGCUUCUCAUCACAGUUCAGAGCCACCAGGAGCAGCAGGAUGCAGGACAAACUCUUCAAAGCAUCUCUGUCAGAGCAGACUGGGCCACCAAGAGGGGGCCUCGAGAGCCUCCCUGGGGCUGAACUCUGCCAAUUGAGGCACCCAUGUGUCCCCUCAGGUGUCCAGUCAGUCCAGUCGACCUGGUUUUGGACUUACAUAAAGGUUGCAUUUAAUACCUCAAGGUUAGUGUGGCUCUGGGGGAUGUUGGGCAGGAGGACCAGGGUGUGCUGUCGAUACAUCAGCAGGAUUCGGUUCUGGGCAGCCGACACUCUCCCUUCCUCCCUGCCCCUUCCUCUGUGUUGUCUGCUUGUGUUAUACACACCGAUGGCAAUAACUUCUUCCAGCUCCUCGAGGAAGUGGGAGAGGCCGGCAGCCUGCACUGUGGGCGUUUCUCUCUCUUGCUCCCCCUUUUCUUCUGUUUUGGCUGCAGAGAGCCUUCCCUCUGACUCUCAUUCCCUCAUAGCAGCACUUCUCAUCCCGUGCCUCCUAGUGGAUGGGGUUUUGCCUUUCAGAAUCCUGUGUUUCCAUGUCCGCCUCUCCUGUGCUCCCCUGUAUCAUCUGUCCGUGUGAUGGCAACGUGCUUGUAAUCUGCAUAACAGAUCUACUUUGUGUAUAUGUGUGUUUAUGGGGGUGGUUUAUUGUUUUUGCUGGUCGCUGGACCCCUUUGUACAACCAUCUGGAGUCUGAGCAGGCCGGAGGCUGGCAGUGUGUCAGGACCCUCAGCGGCGAGCCUGUUGGGGGGACCCAGUCGCUCUCGGACAAGUGGCUGAGCUCCUGUCUGGCCUCUUUUUUUUUUUUUAAGUAUCUUGUGUGUAUUUCUAACUGAUUGUAUUGGGGAAAAAAACACCUAGUAUUUCAGUAAAAAUGCCUGUUGUAAGAUGAACCUCCUAUAACUUCUAUCUGUUCUUUUUUGAGGCUCAGGGAGAAACUAGCAUUUUUUUUUUCAAACUACUUUUUGUCACUGUGACAGUUGUAAAUAAAGUUUGAAAAUGCUUUCCA